GUGUUUUUGUGUGCAGCAGGUUACGGCUGUCUGUGGAUCUUCUGAUGCUGUUUGUGGUUUGUGUAAAUUACUUCCCACAAGAGAAGAUUUGAAGCUAAGCCAAAAUGUGUUUUCAGCACCCACAGGGGCCACAGGCUCCUGUGUUGCCAGUUUGUUAGUGCAUAAAAUGUCACUGAAAUCAGAAAGAAGAAGAAUAGAUUCAUCUACAUUGCAGAAGAUUGCAGCAGACAUGAGCAAUCUAAUAGAAAAUUUGGACUCCAGUGAGCUCCACUUCGAUGGAGAAGAAGUAGACUCUGAUGUUAUAGGUGACAGCAAAGUAAGCGGGACCUGUAUACCUUUCUUUGCCAUUUACAAGACAAAAGGAUUUAAAGAGCCUGACCUUCAGUCUUACUUGAUAGGGAUGCCUAUUAAAGUUAAAGUUAUGGAAGUAGAACGUUUUGCCUCCUCUUCAUCCUCAAAGGCACCAGUUGUAAAUAUUUACACAAUUGAGCUAACUCAUGGAGAGUUUACAUGGCAAGUAAAGAGGAAAUACAAGCACUUUCAAGACCUGCACCGAGAGCUUCUUCGAUACAAAGCUUUUAUCCGACUCCCUAUACCUACAAGGAGCCACACAGUACGAAGGCAAACUGUGAAAAGAGGAGAUGUCAGGUCAAUGCCAAGCCUACCACGAGGCGCAGAGAUUGUCCGAGAGGAACAGUCCUCAAGUAGAAGGAAACAAUUAGAAGACUAUUUAGCAGCACUACUGAAAAUGCCAAUGUACAGGAAUUAUCAUGCAACUAGAGAAUUCAUUGAUGUAAAUCAGCUAUCUUUUAUUCAUGACCUUGGACCAAAGGGCAUAGAGGGAAUGAUAAUGAAGAGAUCCGGUGGUCACAGAAUACCAGGUUUAAACUGUUGUGGACAAGGGAGUGCUUGCUAUCGCUGGUCAAAAAGGUGGUUGGUGGUGAAAGAUUCCUUUAUUUUAUACAUGAAAAUGGACAGUGGUGCCAUUUCCUUUGUUUUGUUGGUUGAUAAGGAAUUUUGCAUAAAAAUGGGAAAAAAAGACACUGAUACCCAGUAUGGUUUAAGAAUUGACAACCUUUCAAGAACAUUAAUUUUAAAAUGCAACAGCUACAGACAUGCUCGCUGGUGGGGACAAGCCAUUGAAGAGUUUGUUAAGAAGCAUGGAAAAAACUUCCUUACAGAGCACCGAUUUGGCUCAUACGCAGCAGUUCAAAGUAACACACUUUCAAAAUGGUACGUAAAUGCUAAAGGAUACUUUAAUGAUGUGGCUGAUGCAAUGGAGGCAGCAAAAGAAGAAAUUUUCAUCACAGAUUGGUGGUUAAGCCCUGAAAUCUUUCUCAAGCGUCCAGUUGUAGAAGGCAACCGAUGGAGAUUGGACUGCAUCCUAAAAAGAAAAGCGCAACAAGGUGUGAAAAUAUUUGUCAUGCUGUACAAGGAAGUAGAACUGGCUCUGGGGAUCAACAGUGAGUACAGCAAGAGGACACUGCUCCGUGUGCAUCCUAAUAUUAAGGUCAUGAGGCAUCCAGACCACAUGUCGUCCUCUGUGUAUCUUUGGGCCCACCAUGAAAAACUUGUUGUGAUUGAUCAGUCUGUGGCUUUUGUUGGCGGCAUUGAUUUGGCGUAUGGUCGAUGGGAUGAUGAUGAGCACAGAUUGACAGAUGUUGGAAGUGUAAAGCGCAUUUUACCAUCGCAAUCAAUAUCAGCAAUAAACACGCUUGUAACAGAUGAUACAAAAGCACUAAAUGGUGAAAGGAAGACUUUUGCAUCAAACAUCUUACAGUCCCAAUCCAAGCAGGAUGAAGAUGUAAUGGAUUCCUCAAAAAUCAAAGGAUUUGGAAAAUCCAGAAAGUUUGCUAAAUUCAGCCUCUACAAGCAGCUUCACAAACACAACAUGCAACAUGCAGACAGUGUGAGCAGCAUAGAUAGUCAGUCACAUAGAGGAUCUGUUCACAGUUUACAAACAGGUGUCGGAGAACUUCUUGGUGAAACACGAUUUUGGCAUGGGAAGGACUAUUGCAACUUUGUUUUUAAAGAUUGGGUGCAACUGGACAAACCCUUUGAUGAUUUCAUUGACAGAUACCAAACACCUAGAAUGCCUUGGCACGAUAUUUCUUCUGUUGUUCACGGAAAAGCAGCUAGGGAUGUAGCUAGACACUUUAUCCAACGCUGGAACUUCACAAAGAUAAUGAAGCCCAAAUACAGAUCACUUUCCUACCCAUUUUUGCUUCCAAAAACUCACAAAACAGCUAAGGAGUUAACAUAUCAAGUUCCUGGGUCAAUGCACACUAAUGCACAGGUGCUUCGGUCGGCAUCGGAUUGGUCAGCAGGUAUUAAGUACCAUGAAGACUCUAUUCAUAAUGCCUAUGUGCACGUGAUAGAAAAUAGCAAACACUACAUUUACAUUGAGAACCAGUUUUUUAUUAGCUGUGCUGAUAAUAAGGUUGUGUUUAACAAGAUUGGCGACACUAUUGCUCAGAGAAUCCUUAAGGCUCACAGGGAAAACAAGCGGUAUCGAGUGUACGUGAUAACUCCCCUGCUGCCUGGAUUUGAGGGUGAUAUUUCUACAGGAGGGGGCAGCGCGUUGCAGGCCGUUAUGCACUUUAACUACAGAACCAUUUGCAGAGGAGAGAAUUCCAUAAUUGGGCAGCUAAAAGCAGAAAUUGGGAAUCAGUGGAUAAACUACAUCUCGUUCUGUGGUCUGAGGACGCACGCUGAGCUGGAAGGGAACCUUGUUACAGAACUGAUAUAUGUUCACAGCAAAUUACUCGUGGCUGAUGAUAAUACUGUCAUUAUUGGUUCUGCUAAUAUUAAUGACCGCAGUAUGCUGGGAAAACGUGACAGUGAAAUGGCAGUGAUCAUACAAGACACAGAGCAUGUUCCGUCUAUCAUGGAUGGGGAGGUUUAUCAAGCAGGGAAAUAUGCGCUGUCACUUCGAAUGCAUUGUUUCAGGAUGAUACUUGGUUGUCUUAAUGACCCCAACAUCAAUAUCCAGGAUCCUGUAAGUGACAAGUUUUUCAAAGAGGUGUGGGUCGCAACAUCGGCUCGCAAUACCACCAUUUUUGAAAAGGUUUUCAGAUGCCUUCCAAGCGAUGAGGUACACAAUUUUGUUAACUUGCGAGACUUUGUUACCAAAUCUGCGCUUGCAACACAAGAUCGUCAAAAGGCACAAGAGGAACUGCAGCGGAUCCGUGGAUUUGUGGUACAGUUUCCAUUCUUUUUUCUGGAGGAGGAAAACCUUUUGCCUUCAGUUGGAACAAAAGAAUCCAUGGUGCCUAUGGAAGUCUGGACAUGAGAAUAUUUUUUUGAAGAGGAUAAAUCAUACAAGCACAUGCAAUUUGUACCAUGGGAUAGGGACUUUCCUCAACAGAUGGGAGAAUGGUUGUUCAUUGUCCAUAAUUUCAAGAAAUAUCCGUUUUCUGCAUAUGAGAUUUGCACAGUUGUUUCAAUUCCAAUAUAUGAUACUGUAAGGAUCUCCAUGUGUAGUCUGAUUUUAGUAAUCAUUAAGUAGUUCUGAAUGCCUUGAAAUGCUGUAGCGUUAUUUCAGUCCCUCCUAACACAAUUAAUAUGUCUGUGUAGAUGGUGCUAUUGUUUCAUUAAGUGCCAGUAGCUAAUAACAUAAUUAUAUUAUGGUUUUAAGCAUAGAAACAACUGUAAGGAAAUGCAGUCAGUAAUGUUCCUUAUACAUUGCCUUUCAUUUCCAUAUGACAGAAUCCAAUUUUCUAACUGUAUUUAUUAUUGUAAUGUUUCUCCCAAUGCCUAAGUAUAAUUGUUUGUGCAACACACCAAUGAUUAGUUUUCUUAAAUGGCUUUUAAUAGACCUAUCUGGACACUGAUCCUAAGUAGAAUGAGUCUGACAGAAUUGACUUUCUAACAGCAUAAGAGAUGUGUGAGCCGGCCUUAAUGCACAUGAGUAGCUUCAGUUAUGGAGAUGACUCUACUACUUAUGCUUUUUGUAAUAUACAUAAGCAACAUGAUACCUAUAAUAUGAUCCCUGGCGACCACAACAUUUCUUCCUGGCAUUUGCUCAUAUUCACACCUCUCCACAUUGCAGUGUGCACCAGCACAGCCAAAUAUAAUUUACCUUUGGCUGCAACAUGUGAAGAAGAAUAUCAUGGGGAUGAAGCACAAUUUUUAUAAUAGAAGUUCAUUGGAAACGUAUUUUAAAAUGGUUGAAUCACAAAAUAAUGUUUUGGGUUUCAUAUCCUUUAAAUUCUCUAUGUGCAAAGCUGACAGCAAAGGCAGUGUACAUCUGGCGAUUAAAGAGAGAAAUUGGUACUGCCAGUAUGUUAUGCUGCUCGCCUAUUAUAUAUUUUAUAUAAAUCUAAUUAGACAUGCACACAAAGGUGUGUCGAGCCCUGGUGUAAGCAUUAUACAUGGCGGUAACAGAGUUCCUCACUGAGCAAAGCAAUUGUUACAAAGGCAGAAAAUGAAAUGUUUUGUGCAAACCCCUAUUUCUCUUGUUAAGUGUAUCCAGUCCACGGAUCAUCCAUUACUUAUGGGAUAUUCUC